GGGGAGACAGAAGGAUUGAGUACCGGAAGUGGUACAGACCACUGGUGUGGUUCUGGAUCCUGGGGGGUCUGGCCUACUUUGCUGCAGUGCUGAACAUGAUCGGGGACUGGCUGAGGGUGCUGUCCAAAAAGACAAAAGAAGAGGUUGGUGGCAUUAAGGCUCAUGCAGCAGAAUGGAAGGCGAAUGUUCGGGCAGAGUUUCGAGAGACACGUCGGCGUAUGAGCGUCGAGGUCCAUGACAAGCUGCAGCGAGCAGCCACCAUCCGGAGCAUGGAGCGCCGUCAGCUGGGCCUGGACCAGCGUGCCUUGUCCCUGGACAUGCUCUCCCCAGAACACCGUGCCAUCUUCAACAGCCUGGACACCAACAGCUACAAGACCUCCUCCCAGGAGAGCAUCGACACCAAGCUGAACAACCUCCGGCUGCGAGGGGCCGAGCACUGUGAUCGGGGCGCCAGCCACCAGACCACAUCCGAGGACAACAUUUUCAACCGCCUGGGCUCCGUCACCAAGCUGGCCAAGCGCAACAGGAAUCGGGACCUGAAGAAGAACAUCCCGGCCGAGGCACGCCGGCCUCACAGCGAGGCGUACGGCUGCAGCACGCCCACUUUCGACUGCAGCACAUCCACCGCAGAUGAGGGGAAGAGGAAGGACGAAGGUGAAGAGGACACUGAAGACAAAGAGUGCAACACUAGCUUGUCUGAAUUCCCACUGUUUGUAGAUGCUUGCAAUGGGUUUAUUCCGGAGCUGACCAAAGAGAAUGACAAAGAGAAAACACUUGAGACAAAAGAGCUGCAUAUUCAAAUGGGACCAUAGUUAGAGUGUAGUCCUCUCUUAAAACACCACCAUUAGUGCCUUAGGUCUCUGUUGUGUGUGCUUGAGCAGGGAUGAAAUGUGUCCCUUUGUGCUACAUACUGUAUUGUACACAUAUUCACGGUGCCCUCUGGAUGUCAUGGACACAUGUUGUGUUAUAUAAAUGCAAGACCUGGUAGGUUUUUUUUUAAAUUGAUCUGGUCUGGUUGAAUGGUCAUAUUAAAAAAAGGGAAAAAAAAGUUGUCAACUAAUAGGUGUUAAAAUAAUAUCAACAUGAGUCUUAGUUUUGCAGCUUUGGCCAUUAUUUAUCUUAGUUUUGUUAACAUGGCAAUACAUCCAGAUACUCUUGAUGUGGGAUAGGGGACGGCAAUUGUUUUAUCCGUCAGUAUUUCUUCAUUCAAUAUUCAUUGGUACCUAGUCUUGUGCUCACUGAAUACAUUCUACUUUCUAGCGGAAAUAAUAAAUACAAUAUCACGGGGCUCAUAAGCACCAAGCAACUCAUCUGAACAUUACACGCAGAUUUCUUGUACACAAGAAAGCCACCGUCUGUGGUACUUUUAAGUAUAAAAUUAACUUUUUGGGUCAACAUAAAGUGGACUAAAAUAAGGCAAGGCUGUACUUUCGGUGCUGACAACCAAUGUGUCAAAAAGUAAGUGUUUGCCCAUUGUCAGACCAUUUUGGAACAUAUCUGGCACAUUUUUGUAUAACAGGCUGCUGUUUUAAACCCUCAUUCACCUGCAUUUUGGAAUGCUUAACCAUUUUUAGAGAGCACUUUUGAAUAACCCUUCUGUGUAAUGUCCUGCACAUUGUUUUAAAUUCCUUAUAGCUUUGAGUCCGCCAUGUAUUUUUUAUCUUACAUUACAUCAAACGUGUUACCGGUAAUUCUUCCUGGAUAUACACACUGCUUAGUAAUGAGUCAAUACUAAAGCUGCAUUGACAUGAUAUGUGGUAAAGCUGCUCUGCGCUGACGUUCCCGUUGUGUUUCUAUGCAAAUGUUUUAAACUUUGACCUUGUUAGGCUGAACUUUCGACGUGAAACCAAUCAGAUAACUGUUUAUAGUGGCGCAUGCUAACAAACGAAGAAACAACAGAAACAAAACGUAACUGGCUUUUUAACCGCAAGGUGGGCCAAGAGAAAAUUGGGUAUAAUGUGAAUGUAGCAUAAAAGUAAUAAAAGAGGAAAAACUGUUAGUUUUUCCCGGAAAAAAAUAGCAGUCAGGAAGCAUAUUCAUAAGAGUCUAACUCUAUGAUGAGGUUAUUGGUCCUUUUUAAAUUGUGUCAGGCUCAUUCUUUGUGUAGCAAAACUGACCUGGUUGCCCUUGGAGGCGAAUGAAUGAAGAACAAAAUGUUGUAUUUCCUGUCUCUUGCCUUGUCUGACUUUGUUGUAGUGAUCUUGGAGUUUGAGCAAUUAAGUUAUCGUCACAUAACAAAACCCAAGUUAUAAUAAAUGUGGAAAUAUUUGUAUGGGGGUGCAUAAAAUCACUGCAGUAUAAAAAAUAUCUGAAAUCAGAAAUGCAUGUUAUUAUUACAAUUUCAAAAAGUCCCUAAUAUGAAGUGUCAUAAUUAUGUAUUGCCAAUGAGAUCUUUGGAAGUAUUUGAAAUACUUAAUAUGGUUCCGAUCAGAACAUAACUAUUACACAAGAAUAAUGAGGUCACCCAAAAAAAGUUGGAUGCGUUGGAUGAGUAGAAUAGUUACACAUGGCAAGUUAAUUAAAUGUAACACUUACUAUAUGUGAUGUUGUCAUGCUAUUUCCAAGUUUCCUACUGGAACUAAAAUGUUCAAAUGUGCAAUUUGAUGUUUAUGAACACUAUUCAAAACAUGACACAUGUUGCACCCAAGCUAAGCUGUUGUCUCCGUACAAUAUCCAAAAAGGCUACCUAGAUCACAACCUCUUUGAUUACUUUCUCAGGGCUUGUUGUUAUUGUCUAACAAGUGCUGCAUUCACACUUUGAGAGGGGAUACUGACUGCACCUGGGAAUGAAUGACCACCGAAUGGAAGACAAGCCAUAAUGCAAAAAAGGAUGGACUACUCCAUACUAUACAUAGGACGUCAAUCAACCAAUGGAUGAUUUGGAGAUUAAAGAGUGCACUGCAGUUAUUGUGAGAGGGUAUGGUCUACUUUUGGGCAUACUUGGCAUGAACAGAGCCAGAUGCUUAGCAAACUGAAGUUCCUGAAGGGACAUUUAGUAGAUCGAAUUUACCCUUCAACUACAACCUGGAAAAUCCAAAUAUGAAGAACACAUAAGGAGACAAGCAUGCAGCAACCAUCAGAGCUGAGACAAACAAACGCUAUCAUAAAGCCUUAAUAUUUCUUUGAUGGAUUCUCAAACUCACCCUGAUGAUUCAAAGAGGAAGGAUAAUUCGCUUUUGAGAACCAAACUUAAUGAGAAAAAAGCUGUAAUCCUGCAGAAAAAAACAUUUUGAGUGGAAUUCUAUGCAGUGUGAUUAUUUAUGCAUUGGCAUUUGGGUAUGGACUGCAGCUUUCAGCCAUGGCUACUAGUGGACAAUGCUAUUCACACAAGGUCAUUUCCAGUUUCAUACUUGAAAUGUACCAUUGAGGGAAUUGACACCACUUGCAUAAAAGCUGUAGCAAGUGUGAAUGCGGCAAAAACGCAAGACUUUUUAAAAGGACCAAAACAUUUCAAAAUCUUAAAAAGAAAACCAGUAGCCUACAUGGAACAAAAAAGGCAUGCUAAAUUGCGAAACUAUACCACGGUGUAUAUGGUGUUGAUUGUAUACCACCACAUGCUUAGAGGAUGCUGCUUUCCAUGGCAAUUAGUUUUUUAACUGCCCUUGUUAAGAUGCACACACAGCACAUGCUCUGUACUUGAACACUGAUUAAAGUAAAUGUUGUGCAACCAUUACAUUAAAUUAAGUGAUUGCCGUUUGGAAAUAAAAA